GCAGCUGAGGCCAUCAUGGACUGGAGUGUUGGGACUGUGGAGAUGCUGGGGGUUCUGCUGUCAGCAGGGGGCUGGCUUUGCUCUCUGUGCACAACUAUGAUGCCGUUCUGGCUGACACUCUCCACAGACCUGCUCCCCACUGAGAGUUUGGAGGUGGGACUGUGGAAGACCUGCGUUAUCCAGGACUUGGGUCUGCAGGAAUGUCGACGGUACAACAGCCUGCUGGGUCUGCCGCCAGACAUCAAGCUGGCCCGGAUUCUGAUGUGUGCUGCUCUGGGUUUUGGGCUCAUGGGCUCGGUGCUAGCCGUCCUGGGCCUGAACCUGAUCAACAGCUGCUGUCGGAAGGUGGAUGACCGAAGCUUUAAGAAGGUCCUGAAGACAGCAGGUGGGACGCUGAGCCUGGCAGCUGGAAUACUGGUCCUGGUCCCAGUCUCCUACAUAGCUCACCUGACUGUGGUGCGAUUCUUUGACGAGUCUGUGCCGGAUGUGGUGCCUCGCUGGGAGUUCGGCGAUUCUCUGUUCUGUGGCUGGACAGCUGGAGUUCUGCACCUGAUGGCGGGAAUGCUGCUGCUGAUUUCUUCUUUGUAUCUGCAGGAGCAGAACCGGAAUCUACCCGUCCGCAUCCCUCUUUUCCCAGUGUCCCAGAGACAACAGUCAGUCAGAAUCAGUACAGAGUACAUCUAGAGCACCAACCAGGAAAAAGUAUCCGCUUUCACAUUGUUAGAAAUCUGACUUGAUAUGACGGUUUGACCAGUUAUUUGAGGAAAAUUUCCAAGAUUCUUUCCAUGUGUAUGGAGAUAUCUGUAGUUUGUUGGAGCCAAAGAAACAAAAAGCUGCUAUUUCCUGUUACCUCUCAUUUAACAACCUUCAGCACUCUAUCUCUAUCUGUCUACCUGGAAAGUUUAAGCAAGACACAAGGAUGCUUUCAGCUUCAUUUUGACCUCAGAAAACAUUAGUGACUGCAGAUCAGUACUGGAAACUUUGAAGAUGGGCAUGACUGAAAAGAAUAAAUUCAUAGAAGUGAAAAAUCACUAUAUAGAUCAGCCUAGUUAACAGCAGGCAUUACUACUUAGUAUCAAUGUUUAGAUAACCAAUGCAUGUUUAUACAGUGUAAUGUAAUUGUUACACCACCAGAGGGAUAUAAGUUACCAUCAAUAGAAUCCAGUUCCUUCAUAGUUACAGAUAAUCUUUGUUACCUUACAACCUAACUAAUAAUUUUGCUCAGAAUGGGUUUAUUUAUGUUUGUUUAUGUUAUGCUCUGAAGUCAAAGUUAAAUGUUUGUCACCAGAUUAAAGAUGACAAACAGUACUGUGUGUGUUUCUGGAUCAAUGUUGUCCAGUCUAGAAGACAAAUAUUUACAAGUGUAAUUACAUAUAUGUAAAAGUUAUCUUACAAAACUGAACACAUGGAUGCUCAGAACACUCUGCCUUUGCCCCUCAGAAUUGGGACGUCAGGUGUCGCUCUUUGUGAAUUUCUGCCUUUCAUGUCAAUAGCACAUUAAUUUAAUUGAACUGACAUCACUUAACUAGCCUGACAUCUUCAAUACCUCACAGAGUAAUUCUAGGUUUAACACAUGUGAUUAAGCAGAAGCUGCUUGGAAACAGUUCUAACAAAAUAACAGAAACUUUAUUGAAUAAAUCUAAAGAAUAAUCA